UUCAAGAACAUGUGUAAGCUGCGGCCUUUACUGCAGAAGUGGGUGGAGGAAGCAGAUAACAAUGAAAAUCUUCAGGAGAUAUGCAAAGCAGAAACCCUCGUGCAGGCCCGAAAGAGAAAGCGAACCAGUAUCGAGAACCGAGUGAGAGGCAACCUGGAGAAUUUGUUCCUGCAGUGCCCGAAACCCACACUUCAGCAGAUCAGCCACAUCGCCCAGCAGCUUGGGCUUGAGAAGGAUGUGGUUCGUGUGUGGUUCUGUAACCAGCGCCAGAAGGGCAAGCGAUCAAGCAGUGACUAUGCACAACGAGAGGAUUUUGAGGCUGCUGGGUCUCCUUUCUCAGGGGGACCAGUGUCCUUUCCUCUGGCCCCAGGGCCCCAUUUUGGUACCCCAGGCUAUGGGAGCCCUAACUUCACUGCACUGUACUCCUCGGUCCCUUUCCCUGAGGGGGAAGCCUUCCCCCCUGUCUCUGUCCCCACUCUGGGCUCUCCCAUGCAUUCCAACUGAGGUGCCUGUCCUAGGAAUGGGGGACAGGGAGAGAGGAGAAGCUAGGGAAGGAGAACCUGGAGUUUGUGCCAGGGCUUUUAGGAUUAAGUUCUUCAUUCACUAAGGAAGGGAUUGGGAACACAAAGGGUGAGGGCAGGGGAGUUUGGGGCAACUGGUUAAAGGGAAGGUGAAGUUCAAUGAUGCUCUUGAUUUUAAUCCCCACAUGUAUCACUUUUUUCUUAAAUAAAGAAGCCUGGGACACAGGCUGGGACACACACAC